AUGGCAACACCCCUUGUUCUCUCACGAGCCAGCGAGAUCAGAACGCCUCCCCCACCUGGCGCGCCUUACAGCGUCGCUCUCGAGGCCAGCGAGGCAGAAGGACGCAGCAAGGUCUACAGACAUUGGAGAUUCAAGGAUGGUCUAUUGAAGACUCUGGAUCCUCAAGUCACAUCUGCACACGACUUCUUCGAAAAGACAGCCAGUCGCACUCCCAACUCGAGAUGUCUUGGUCACCGUCCCUACGACUCCAUCACAAAGACGUUCGGCCCUUACGUUUGGGAGACAUAUGGACAGGUCCAAGAGAGAAGAAAGAACUUUGGUAUCGGCAUGGUGCACCUCCACCAGCAAUACGGUAUCACCGGGAGACAGCAUGGUGUCGGUCUCUGGUGCCAAAACCGUCCAGAAUGGCAGAUUGUUGACCUGGGGUGCAUGUCACAGUCCCUGUACACUGUCUCCCUCUACGAAACCCUCGGCCCCGAGACGACCGAAUACAUCAUCAACCACUCCCAGCUAGCUGCCGUUGCCGCAUCUCUGAACCACAUCCCAACCCUCCUGAAGAUUGCUCCUCGCUGUCCAACUCUCAAGAUCAUCGUCUCGCUAGACCCUCUUAGCUCUGGUACUGAAUUGCCUGGAAAUUCAAAGGCCGACAUUCUUAAUGCCCUUGCUUCUGAGGUUGGCAUCCAGGUCAUCUACAUCCGCGACGUCGAAGCACUUGGCGCUGCGAGCCCCCGUCCUUACAACGUACCUCAGCCGGAAGACAUUGUCACCAUCAACUACACCUCCGGAACAACUGGUCCUCCCAAGGGUGUUGUUCUGACUCAAGCAAACGCUGUCGCUGCUGCCUCGGCUUCCAUGACUUUGGUCGACAUGCGCGAGAGCGAAGUCAUGUGCUCAUACCUACCUCUCGCUCAUAUCUACGAGCGUGUGACUGAAGGCUCCGCACUCUGGGCCGGCAGUGCCAUCGGUUACUUCCACGGCAACAUUCUGGAACUUGUGGAUGAUUUUAAACUUCUCCGACCCACCAGUCUGAUCAGUGUUCCUCGUCUGUACAACCGCUUCGGUGGCGCCAUCAAGACUGCCACUCUCGAGGCGACUGGUGUCAAGGGAGCUCUUUCAAGACACGUUGUCAACACUAAGCUGGCUACUUUGAACAACCCUGAUCCUAAGCAAGCCACAAACAAGCACGCCUUUUACGAUCGCAUCUGGGGUAGAAAGGUCACUGCUCAACUCGGUCUGGAUCGUGUUAGAGCUAUGGUCUCUGGUUCCGCUCCAAUCGACCCGUCCUUGCAGCAGUUCAUGCGUGUAGUCUUCGGAAACAACUUCCUCCAAGGCUACGGUUUGACCGAGACCUACGCCAUAGCUUGUGCUCAGGUCGAGGGUGACAUGACUGCUGGUAACUGUGGUGCAGUCAUGCCCACCACCGAGCUGUGCCUGAUGGACGUCCCAGACAUGGAGUACUUUGCAUCAGACAAGCCUUUCCCCCGUGGUGAACUCCUGAUCCGCGGUCCCACUGUCUUCAGAGAAUACCUCAACAAUCCCGAGGAGACACAAAAGACACUUCUCCCAGAUGGCUGGUUCCGUACUGGAGACAUUUGUUCAGUGGAUGAGCUCGGCCGUUUCAAGAUUAUCGACCGCAGAAAGAACGUUCUCAAGUUGGCACAGGGUGAAUACAUCUCGCCCGAGCGCAUCGAGAACGUCUACCUUGGUAACACUACCUGGUUCUCACAAGCCUACGUGCACGGAGACAGCGACAGAGCAUUCCUGGUCGCCAUCUUUGGAAUCCAGCCUGAUACUUUUGCUCCCUUCGCUAGCAAGGUGCUUGGCAGACAGUUGGGCGCAACCGACUUCAAGGCUCUGGAGGCCGCAGCGCAGGACGUCAAGGUCCGCCAUGCUGUUCUUAAGGAGCUGGACAAGAUCGGCAAGAAGAACAAGUUCAACAGAUAUGAGAUGGUCCGUAACGUGCGGUUGAUGUUGGAGCCUUUCACAGUCGACAACGAGCUCCUCACACCUACACUCAAGCUCAAGAGACCUCAAACGGCGAAGAAGUACCGCUCGGUCAUUGACGAAAUGUACACCGAGGCCGAGGCACAGAGCAGUGCUAGAGCCAAGCUGUAG